UUCCCGGGUGUCCCCUCCCCCCGCCCGCUGAGGCAUCACCGGUGUGGCGACCCGCCCCCUGUGUCGCGACACCCGCCGCGUGUCGCGACACUCGCUCCCACCUCGCCUGCCCGGGGUCUCCCCCGCUCAGCGCGGAGCUCCCAGGCCCCCCGGUAGCCCCGGCGCCCUCGUUACCUGUCCCUGGGUACCGCGCACACGGCCCGGGAUCGCGAUAGUGCGUCAGCCAUCGCGACAGAAGUGCCGUCAGGGGGAAGGGGGGAUUGCGGUCGCAGUGCGAGCACAUCCUUUGUGUGAUUCUUUCCCAAGAAAAGUGUCUUUUUGCAAGAGACUCGCUGGCUGGUUUGGGCUGGAAGGGACCUCAAAGCCCAUCUUUCCCGUGGGCAGGGAACAGGUAUCGUCAAUAAAUCAUCCGUCGCUUUUAUUCCCUACUAACCCAUUUUCAAGAAGAAGAAGAAAACUGCAGAGCUGGACUCCAGUUCUCAGUCCACUCGUGGAGCGAAGUGCUGAGAUGGUUUUGGUUCUGCAGCGUGUGAACCUCCCCGACCAACACCUGCGAGGGCUCGCACAUCUCUCACUCUCCCUUGGUAGCACUAGGUACAAGUUUAGGAUAAAUCACAGAUGCAGCUUUAUCAGUUCAACCACAAUUUCUUCUACUCGCUUCUUACUACAGUCCUUAAUUUUUCUGUAGUCACAUUCUCAAGAAAAUACAAGUUUUUCUGGAAAACUUUUUGCAGCAAUACUUUCUUCCUCUUUAUUGCACAAGCCCGGUUCUUUGUUGCUCCGGUUGCUGCGGGAGAGGAGGGAGCUGAGAGCUCUCAGGAGAUGAGGUUGGGUUCCUAAGUGAUGUCAUUUGUGCUGGAGCAACGGUGGUGACUUUGUGAUGGAAUAAAUCCUCCUGGACGUGUUGGGGCUUUGUGAUGGUGUGUGUGUGUGUGUGUGUGUGUGCACUGUGGAAACUUCGUCUGAUUCAGCAGCCAGCUGAGAAAAUUCCGUGCUCUGUGCUCCAUAGGCAGUGAGGGAAUAGAGUGAUGAGAGUUGCAUUUUCCUUUCAGCCUCUUUAUUUUUGAAGAAUUUGAGCUUCAGUUAGAGUGUGUUCAUUUAAGUGGGUGCAUAAAGCAGUGGGGAAAGAUGAUGUUCAAGGGUCUUACAGGUGUUAGAGGUGGAGAGAGCAGAGUUUUGCAGCCAGCAGCAGAGUGAAGGAUUCAGGGAGAGCUUUUAGGUGGGUCUGGAGUCCUGUAAAGCCAGUCCAGAGGGUCUGUAAACUUGGAGAGGAAAAGCUGUGACAACAGAAAGCGAACUUGAAAGCAAAUGCAUUCACUAUUAAUUUUCAGCAGAGGAAUGUUUGAAUCGAAAGCAAGUAAGAGUCAGAGGGUAAGGUUUGCAAUUAACACAGAAUCUAAGCUUUCUUGGAGAAAUGCUUCCAUAGAAGAGAGGCUAUUUAUUUUCCAAAUGAUAUUUACACUGGGUAGAAUUUCUGAGGUGAAGAAAUGAGAAUUGCCCCUUGUCUGGGGGGAGCACAGGUCAAGCAGGAGCUGGAAGAGGAGUUGAUGAAUUGGCUGUAAUUCACAGGCACCGCUUCAAAUAUUUUCAAUAUUUCUCAACUAUUUUAAGAAGCUGUAUUGAAUUCCAGCCUAACCAGCCUGAUAGUCUGGAGAGAGGAAGGAUGCAUAUUGCUGGAGCAAGAAUUAAGCAAAAAUAGAUAAAUCUGACAUAAUGGAUGACAAGGGAAAGCUGAUUGCUGAAAGAUGCUGGCAUGCUCUGUUUUUGCAUGCUUGGCAUAUAUUCUGUUGUGUUACAUGGCUUUUGAAGUGUAAAAAAAAAAGAAAGAAAUCUCAUUUUGUGCUGAGAUAAAAGAAAAGGCAGGUGCUUAAAUUCUGUUAAGGAUCAGCUUUGAUACUGACAUGAAGUAGUGACCUCGCUUGCAUUUACCCCCCUGUCAUUUUGUGAACUUCUCAAUUGAAUAAAUAAUUCACUUAGCACCAAAUAAAUGCCAUUUAAUAAGAUGGUAUUUUUGAUCCCUAUUUCACUUCACAUUGCAAAGAGUUUCACACUUUUUCAGCUUGAGCACAGCCUGGGGUGCUAUUUCUGUUAAUAACAUUAAAAAUAUGUUGGAGAAUGUCCACAUAGUAUUGUUUUUUCUCCAAAUGUGAAAUUAAGGAAGCGUUGUGUUCUCUGCAGCUUGGAUAUUUGCCUUCGUUUAAGCCUUAUUUGUAUUUGUUUCAAGUUGUCCUCUGAUAGAUAAGCUUUUAUAUCUGUGCUUGCUUCUGGGAACUGUUACCAGAUCAAGAGAAGUAAGGAUUUUUGUCAAGGACUGAAGUAUCUCUGUUUCCCAGAAGCUCAGACAACGUGCUGGAGCCUCAGCUUGUGUCCUCUGCUGCACUUGCUGAAAUAGCUGGAUGUGGGAUAGAAACUUUUAUCAGCAUUUCCAGUGCGAUAUUUUACUUUUUCACAUCGGUUUGUCCAUUCAUUUUUACUCUUCUUCGUUUUUGACCAUGACUUGUUACUGGCCAGCACACGGAGAGGGGAAGAGGGGGAAGUAGAAAGUUUUACCCUGGCUGGCCUCACCCCAAAAACCUCCAUCACCAAAACAUUACAUAUCCUAUAUAUUCCUGGCUCCCUCAUCUUCAGUGAGGUAACAGUGAGGAGAGUCACAGAUUUAGGAAAUGAGAGAUGAAGUGACUUGCAGGAUUCCAGGAUUUAUGGAGUUGCUAAAUACACCACCAAGAACGUAGCCACAGCCUGAUUUGUUUGAGUUAUUUAACAGAUGAUCAGCACUUUUAAAUAAUUGCUUUAAGAACAUGUAGUUCACUGAAAUGCUACUCCCAGCAGGUGAGUAACAGGUCACUGUUGUGUAGUAGUACACUCUAUCCAGAGCCUGCUGACUCUUCAGAGGCUUUUUUUGGGGUAAGAUGCCCCUGAGGAUGAGUAAAGGUUUCACAGUUUUCUGCAUCUGUAAUGAGUCCAUCACCCCACCCUUUUCAAUUUUCAGCAUUUGAAAUGUUUAAACAAUUUAAAAUGUUCUCAAACUAGGAAGUGAAGUGAGUAAUUGAAUUUUUUAUUCCUUGUGUGGUAUGCCACAUUGCCAUUUUCCCAUUGUAUUUUGUGACUCGUGUUAAAAUCUUUACCACACAGAUCUUGUAGCAAUUUUUUCUUUUAAUUGCAGAUCGUUACUUUGACUGUGAAUGUGAGAAUGAGUUUGUCACAUUAUUAAUCUUUCUGCUUUAGAAAAAAAGAGAAAAAAGCUUUCCAAAUACUGAUAGAGGAACAGAGCUCCUGAGCAGGCAUUCUGCUGGCUGACAUCCAGGAAAGUUGUUCUGAACUUUACCCAAAGAUAUUUUUCCAAGGGGUUGUAAUCUUUCAAAAGCUGAUUUUACUGUCCAAGCAGGGCAUAGCUUGGCCUGCACCUGGAGCUGACAAAGACCUCUGAGUUCAUCUGCUCCUGGUUUCUGUGUUUUUAGUAAUUUGAUUUAAAUGAACACUUAAAAAACCAGCAGCUGUAGCUCAUGGCUGAUCCAACCUCAUAGAUCCUAUAGGUCCUUUUUCCUUAUUUCAGCACAUUCUGUCUGGGUAUCUCUCCAUGCCUCUCCACUCAUUUUGUAUUUGUUCUCUUGUUGCUGUAAUUAUUCCCCCAUUGUGCUUAAGAAUUAUGCUUUGUUUAUGUAUUCUCAUUGCUUAACUUGUUUAUGCUAUGUGUGAAUAUUACUCCAAGUUUCCAGGGUUUAUGAGGAAAAUGGUGAUAUUUCGUUCUUGGAAUAAUUUCUCAGGAAUGUGGUUUGGCUGCAGCGUGGAUUUGGUAGGGAAUAGUGGGGGUGUAACACCGGGGGAUGAAAACUGGGAAAGAUUUUUCAUGUGAAUUCCCAAGUCCCAUGAAGGGGUUCUGGAGUGCUUGGAAUGCGUGGAGCACUGAGUUGUUGAUGUAUUUAGAGAUAACUGAACUGCUCCAGGCUUUUGAAUAGAUGCAUUGAUAGUUGUACUGGGGGAAAUGUGUUAGAAAACGGGUUCUCUGUAAAUGCAACACGUCUGAGACAAACCUUGAAGUACAAUUCUGCUGAAUUAGGUGGCAGAUCCUGCCUGCAGCAGGUGUGGGUCCUGUCACAUCUUCGGUGGGCAAUGAGUGCUAACAUUUAAUUUCUUAUGGUGUCUGUAGUAAAGGUGGUGUAGAAAAGGUGAACCAUGAAAGUGCAGCUAUUUUUAGUAUUAAAGGAAAAAAAAAAGCAGUCAGAAAAUGAUCUACUAAGUGAUACAUUGCUGACGUCUGUAGUGCAGCCAACCCAAUUAAGGUGCCAUAUAUUGUUUCCAGCAGGAUUCUGAUUGUUUCUAAUUUGGGAACCACGCGAGAGCAAGUGGAAAUAGGUGAAAUGCUGUGCUCUGCUCUUCGGAGUGGAUCUGACAUCUAGUUGUUCACUGUAAUUUCCCUCCUCGUACUGGGACAGUCUCCCUGGCCUGGCUAAGAUGGGAGCCGCACAUUCAAAAAAAAAAAAUAAUAAAUACUCCUAUGUGUAUUCUGUUUUUGUUGGUAAAAUAUCCCAUAAGUCAGCGUUGAGUGCUGUGGAUUCUUUUCUCAUUUCCUGGCCCCAGCAUAUCCUUUGCUGUAUCCUGCUGUCCCUCUCCUUGCCUUCAUGUUGUUAAACUUGGAGUGUGCAUGUUGGAGGAUGUGUGUCUCACAGUCCUGCCCUUUCCUGUGGCUGUCCCUUGCCACUCAUUUUGUUCCUCUCCCUAGGCAGUUGCUGCAUGGAAAACACUUUGAAAAAUAUUUUAAGGUGAUUGUCUUGAGCCAAUACCACAUAUAUCUAUGUAUGUAUGUAUAGAUAUAGUUUAAAUUCUGUUGGAAGGAAAUCUUUGUAUGAACCUUUUUCAAAAAAUUAUGCAGAUGCUCCCACUCUCCAAAGUAAACUUCCUCCUCUGCUUAUCUUUUUUUAAACCUGGAAUGAAAAACAGCAUCUUCUUAACAUCUGGAAAGGGGAGCUCUUCAUGCCUACUUUAUAUUCUUUUAUGCAGCAUUGUUCUUCCUUCAUCCUUCUGGCACUGGUUUUCUUAAUUUGUUGUCUUUUAAGCUGAAGGAAUGUCAUGUGCUUUGGCUUUGUUGUGGACAGGGAAAAUUAGGGAUUUGCUCGCCUUUCUCUUCCUGCUCAUCAGUGUGUUCUGAUUCUGGGUUGGUUUUUAUUUUCUUCAGCUGCAGCAAAGCCCUCAGCUUUUGCCUCGAAUGGGUGGUGUGUUCCUGGAACUGGUAAUUUGUGCAUCCUUUGACUUUAAAUUGUUCACAGCUCUGCUGAGCAUUUGUGAAUGAGCGGGGAGGAAAAUCAAUAUAUGAAAAAGCCAGAGUAAGGGUGGGAAAACAGCUCUUCCAGCACCUUUUCCUGGUCACACCAUUGCCUGAUUUAGUUUUUGUGUCUGUGAACUCUUUAGUGUUUAAAUUUAGAAAUGGAUUGUUUUGGAACAAGUCACUUUUAAGAUCGUUUCCAGGAGAUUUGUGUGUAAUUUAAUCCCAUUCAGGUUUGCUGCUCUCUGAUCUGGUUGUUCUGUAAGACUUCAGGUUCUCUAUUUCCCUGUACCUCUCCCACUGUAUUCUACAAAUCUUUUGGGGUUUUUUUCCAGUCAAAACUGCAGCAGCAUUUAUUAAUCCUUUUAUACUUUUUCUAUUCCCUGUUUCUAUUCAGUGACAAGGUGGUGUUUCUUAUAAUAACCUGGAGGUUUAAAAAAUGUAACUUCAGUGUCUCUGAAGGAUUUCAUUAGUGAUUAUUAUUCAGAUACUCUAGAAGCUGAAUAUGUGUACUUUAGGAAUUAGCUUGAAUAAUAAAUUUAGUAUUUCUGGUAUAUAUUAUCUUAGGUUUACUAUUAAUUUCCAACACUGCCUAGUUUUAAUAUUUCAGGGCAUAUUUUUACUUAGAGUUUAUCAAUGAGUGAAGUUGCUGAUGAUAAAAAUUCUUCUCAGAAUGUGACAGUCCAUCAUGACGUCUCAACACUUGAAUUUAAGCUGAGACAGGAAAGAAUUAAGAUUUUUCCAUACUUCCAUCUAGUGUGCAUGAGGGAAAUUGCAUCCAUGGUUAAAAUCCCAGCCAUUCCCCUAGCAGUUCCAAUUGGGCAAAGAUCAUCAUCCACUGGUCUUUGUUAAGCAGUUACUGCUGAUGAACUGACAGGUUUGAGAUCCAAGUAUUUAUGUGGUGGUACCUUUGUGAUGUCCAUAAAAUGGUGAUGUGUGAAGUUUGAGAAAAAUCACCUUUCACCAUGUGGUGUUUGUGCUCUCCUUUACUGUGUUCUGCUCUAUUUACUUGUCACUCCGUGCUAAGAUUUCACCUGCUUGAUUUAUGAAUUACUGCUAUUGAAAUAAAAUUAAAGUGGCUGUUCAGUUAUUUAAGAGCCAAUUAAAUCUGAUUUUAUUCUGAUGUAACAUUUCCAGUGAAAGGGCAUAAAACACAGUCUGUGGGGGAAAGUUAGAUCUAAAAAUGGUUAGUGUUUAUUUUUUAUAAUCUGUCCUUUUGACAGCUUGACUUGGCAAAUAAAAUCCUUUGCAAUCUCACAGCAGUGACUGCAGAUGUUAGAAGUUGCUCUGUGUAAGAAAAUAAAACGGGUUUGGUGCUUUCAGUGAUCCUGUAUAAACCUUUAACUGUGGCUGCUGGUUGGAGAAUGUAUCUAGCCCGGGGAAAGGAAUUUGCAAAGCUUUUGGAAAAUAUAAUUUAUUUACCAGCCUUUGGUGACUUUGUCAGGUAGAAACAAAGGGUCUUUUGGGAUGAACGUUUCUCAAAUCAUGGGCUGUGCUGUCCUGAGGGAUUGAUGCUAGAAUUAGCUGAGUUUCCAGUAUCAGAUUGUGCUAAUUACUGCAAGGUCCCUGCUCACAAGGGAUGCUUUGAGAAGUGCAGCCCAAGAACCUCGUUCAUGCACACACAGAGAUGGGUCAUUUGUGUUGCACUGGAGAGCCAAAUUCACUCUUAAAAAUCUGCUGGGGCAUGGACACGCCAAAAAACUAAAGAAACCAGAAAAUAUCCUGCCAAGACUUGUAGUCCUGAAUUUAAAUACCAGUAAAUACAGCAAGUGGAGAAUGAGCAGGUACUUUUCAUUACGUGUGGCAAUUAAAAUGUGUCUCUUGGUAGUGGUAUUUCCUAUUAGGGGAAAUGACAGUGCCAAUCCAGGUUUUAUUCUGACAAUUUCACACUGUACAUGAUGUCUUCUGUAGGCAUGGAGGAUUCUGGCUGAGUCUGUUUUGAUAUGAAGAGCCUGGUUUGCCUUAUUUUUUUAUUAAAAAGAAAUCAUAUUGAUGUGGAUGUAAUUUUAUUUGUGACUAGACAAGCCUGCACUCGCCAGCUCUCAGGUUUGUGGUGUCUGUCUCCAACAAGAUCAUAGAUAUGGAGAAAAUGAUUUAUUUUAGUAUCCAGUGCUUAGAUAAAACUGGUUUUGUGCAGAUGGCACUGAAAGGAUAACACACAGCUCGGACAAAUUUGUAUAAACCACCAUAUAUUUCUACUAUAAUCCAAAAUCUUCAGUACAUCAGUAAUAUUGAGGUUUAUAUUUUGUACUAACCUGGGGUUUUUUUGGUGUAUAGAAUUAAUUGCUGAGUGUAGAAGGUGGUGGGGAUGGUGCACUCUGGUCUGGCUGCUCCGAGCAUCUUGGAGGGUCCUUCCAACUGCCCAGCCUGGCACUCUGCAGAGCUGUUGGGAAUUGUCUGGUUGAUCUUGGAGAAUCCUUUGGGAUUUUGGGAUGGAAACCGUUCAGGAGCGUGAGGGGGCUCAGCUUUUUGGAGAGGGUUGGAGACAGCACAGGUGUUUGGGAGGGACCUGCUCCUCCCUCAAAGGCUUUUAUAAAACACUUUAGCAGAGCACAAUCAAAUUCUGAUAGCGGCACUAAUUCUAAAUAAGUGUUUGCUAAACAACGUUAAUGGAUUUAAAAUGUUUUUAGGAAUAGUUAUUAGUCCUUCAGUCUCGUAUGGUGAAGGGAGUUUUGUCUCGAUGGGGGGCUGCCAUUUUAAUGCUUCCUGGCAGGAGGCCUAUUUUGAUCAUGCAAAUUAGGUUGGAAAAAGUAGGCUAAGCCAUUAAAAAGUAGGCGAGAUCAUGAAAUUUUAAAUUUUUAAGGUGACUGUUUUCCUAAUUAUUAACAUUUUUAUUAUCAUCAUUCACACAUGUCACUUCACUUCCCUUAAUUCUCGUGUCCUCAUCCCUUAACUCUGACAGCCUCAGUGCUGGUUGCUCUUGCAUCCACCACUCCAAAUGGAAGCCUCAGUCCAUUGGCUAUUUUAUUCCCAGCAAGGUGCUUGGAAAUACUGCCACGUGGUGUGUUUUGUUGUAUCAUUAGAAAUGCAGAUACAGUCUUUUUACUUGCACCAUGGUUAAUUUUUUCCUAUUCCGUUAACAGUAAUAGGGACUGAAGGUUAAGCUUAUGUAAACUCCGGGUAUUUGCAGGGUUCUUGUUGGCGAGGGAGUUCAUUCUGGGAAGUGGAAAAGGGGCACAUGGGUGAGGAUUGGAGGCUGGAUGUCAGGUGGGAAGACACCACGGUUUUCAUCAGGAUCUCAUCAGGGUUUCAUCUUCCCCACCAGUUUCUGGGCAGGAGGACAGGGUGACACAGCACUGAUGGAUCCCAGGGUCCCUCAGGGGAUGUGGGGAAGAGCCCCCUGUUCCCCCCAGGAGCCACAUGGAUCCUGCAUCCUGCAGGAACUCUGCAGCCCAUCCCUCACAUCCUGCUCCUCCAGGCAAAUCCGCUAAAAAACUGCCUUGGUGCCCAUAGGCUUGCAAGCUUCAUUUAAUCCUAUUAAUUUUUAAUAGAAAAUUAAUAUUAAGCCAGUAUACUUCGAACAUGGCUUUGCCUGUGCCCAGAAAGACCCUCAGCUCAUGUUUGCUUUGGAGUGUUGGAUCCUGCAGGAACCAGAUCCUCCUGGAGCAAUAUGGGGCUCGGAGCAGAGGGAUGCUGUCACCUUCAGCCAUUGCAGUAGCAGUGCCAUGUUCCACCUCAGUGAUCACAAGUGUUGGUUGGAUUUCAAAUCUCUCUCUCCAAAAAGGGUGUUGGGUUUGCCAUGCAUGGAUAAACAGAAAGGAACGGGGCAUUUCUAGCUAAAAAUGUGCAACAAAUAUAUUUGUGCCAAUUACCACUGUGCUGACCCGACUGGAGCCUGAUGGAAAAUGCCACAGUUGGAUAUCAGUUUUACAAGGACUUCAGUAAAUACUAAUCUGUGCAACUUAGGGGUGAUGUUGUGCAAGAAAAAGCAUAUUUUUAAUUGCCCUUUUCAGCUUUGCUACAGUUGAUGUUCUACAGCCUCCAGAACAGUAAACUCGAAACAGGAAGGUCGACUUUUGGAACUGAUGGUAUCUUUGUCCUUAAGAGAGAUUCUGGGAAAGUAAGCUGCAUUCCUUAGCUCUUGCAACCUUUUUUAAUUGUUUUUUCUCACAACCUUAGCCUGAUCUUAUCACCUAAGUAAUUGUUGCAUCAUAUUUGCUUUAUUCUCCCUACUGGGAUGUCAGAUAAUUGCUUUAUACCUUUUAAUGGAAAGUGUUUGGGAAGCCUGUUACCUCUGGGACACAGAUGAGCAGUGGAGCAACUAUUGCAACAGUUGCAUUUAUCCCAUUUUUCUGAAGCUGGGUGGGAAUCCAGCAGGAGAAGGCUUGGAUGGCUGGCACCUCCUCUAGAAUUGAGCAGCAGCCAUAAAGUUACUUGGUGUUUUAAACCCCAUCAUAAAAGUAAAGCUGCCAGCUCUGCUGUGCCUCGUGUUUGGGUAUAUCUCAUCUGCGGGAAUAUUCAGCCAGACUUUUCCUUAUGAAGUAGUGUUGUAGGGUAUUAAUUAUUCAUAGUCAGUUUAAUUCUUCUUUCUUGCAUAUUUAAUUGUAAUAGCAUGCUGUAUGUCACAGUGAUUUCCCAGAAGAACUGUGCACCAAAGGCAAACCAUUCAGGUAUAUGGUCUUAAAUACGUCCGUGCUAAUCUUUGUUGUUUAAUUUUGGAGCAGAAUGGGAUAUUAUCAGAUGUUUCUUGCAGGGAAACAAUUAUGCAAAAUCAUGAUUUUGCUUAAUCUUUUCAGCUGAAAUUUUCGAGCUGAAAUAGCUGGUUUGAUUUCCACUCAUGACGUUUACGUUGUCUUGCUUAUUUUAUGAGGAAAAAAUGCUUAAUGGGAGGGAGGACGUGACUUUUGUUUUCUUCUCUGAAGCACGGGAGCCUUUAUCAAAGACUUUGGAAGUGUCAAUCGAUUCCUUGCAGAAGAUGAAGGAAGGGAAUAAGAUUUUUAUUGAGUUUUUUUCCAGUGAUCAGAAUAGCAAUGCCAAAUGCUUGUGUGAUUAAGAUUUUUUUAAACAAUUUUUUUUAACGACUGGGAUGGGCUCUUAGUGCUUGAUGUGAGAAAAUAUUGGAGGCACAGGAACUGCAAAUGCAUUCACAAUUUGAUUUGCAUUACCCUCCUUCCAGAGCUGUUUCUCGCUUGUAAGACACUUGGUGAAGCCAAAUCACUCGUGUUUGGAGAGCAGGAUUGUUCUCAGAGAUUUACUGUAGGAGUUUAAACUUCUGAAAAAUCUGUUUACAAUGUGUCUGAACUGGAGCAUGGAGGACACAGUAGAGACUGUUAUCUGUUUACUGCUCAGAUAAGGAGGUGGAAUAGAUUGCUGGCCUGUUUCUGAACUCUGCUUAAUGAAUGGUUGCUAGGCAAAUUGCAUCUCAAUCAGCUUAAUCCUCAAGAUGUCAUUUACAGGUCUGCUCUUUGUGAGGGCCAGAACCGUGCGCUUUCAAACUGCACAGGCCAGAAAUUGCUAGCAAAGCAGCUUAGAAUAGCUUGUUCAAAAAUUCAGUGUACAUGUGCUGCUGAGCUGCCCAAUUUAAAGUGCCUGUUGUCGCAGGGCCGUCACUGCCUGGCCAUGCGCGAGAUGAGGCGUGCGGUGAUAGACAGGAGGCAGCAGCAUCCUUAGCACCGUUUCUGGAUCAGCACAGCCCACACCACCACGUUUUGGCACUGGAUUUAACGUGAAAGAAAGCGUUUCUAAAUGGGGACCGCACUGCUGACGUGAUGAAAGUGUGCAGAGGAGUGAAUGCCCCAUGUUGUGUUAGUGCCUGUCUGCCAUGCUGGCCUGUCUGCCAGGACCAGGCGACCUCUCCUUUCAGCUUCUUUCUUACACGCAGAUGAACACUGGACUUCAGAAAUGGGACACUACACAGAAAAUGAGAUCUGCACAGUAUCCUACCCCAGCAGAAUUGGAUGCUUAUGCUAAGAAGGUCGCCAACAAUCCACUGACUAUAAAAAUCUUUCCAAACAGCGUCAAGGUUCCCCAGAGGAAACACAUACGCCGUACUGUGAACGGACUCGAUACUUCGGGCCAGAGGUACAGCCCCUACCCAUCUCAGGCCACCACGAAAACGGGCCUGCUGGCCAUAGUGAAAUCCCCAGCGAAAGGAAUCAUCAAGGACUUUGACGGGACGCGGGCGCGCCUGCUGCCGGAGGCGAUGAUGAACCCCCCCUCCACGCCGUACGUUGCACCAAGCACUUUAUCCCACCCGCAGGCGCUCGCUCGCCAGCAGGCUCUCCAGCAUGCACAGACUUUGCCGCACCCCCAGAGCAUCCCGCAGCACCCUCAGGGUAUUCCACAGCCACCCAGCUUACCGCACCCUCAGGGGAUCCCGCAGGCGCUGCCGCACCCGCAGAACAUGCAGCAGCCGCAGGGCUUGCAGCACCCUCAGACCAUGGCACACCAGACCCUGCAGCACGCCCCGAAUCCGCUGCUGCAGCCGGGUUUACAUGGAGGCAGAAAGAUGCCGGAUGCAGACGCGCCGCCGAAUGUGACCGUGUCUACCUCAACCAUUCCCCUCUCUAUGGCUGCCACCCUGCAGCAGAACCAGCCACCGGACCUGAGCAGCAUUGUGCACCAGAUUAACCAGUUCUGCCAGGCCAGAGCUGGCAUUAGCACUACCUCAGUGUGUGAGGGACAGAUUGCAAACCCCAGCCCUAUAAGUCGCAACCUGCUUAUCAAUGCAAGUACCAGGGUAUCUACUCACAAUGUCCCUACACCCAUGCCUUCCUGUGUAGUAAACCCUGUCGACCAUGCUGCUGCUGCUAUUCCUCCUGCCUCUGUUAAUGUGCCCAUGGUCAAUAUUAACAGGGUGCCACCCGCCUACCAGAACGAAAUCAAAUCGGUUGCGUGGAACCAGCACCAGCUUGCACAUCUGCAGCAAAUGUGUGGGGAUGCUGCUGGGCCUGCUGGACUCGCAGGGAAGCACCCUCAGAGAGAGAUUGCAGGGCAGAGUUUCCCUGGCAAAACCUCCAACUAUCCUCAAGAACUGUGCAUGGGCCAGUCCUUCAGCUUGAAGCCCCCCAUCGAGAAGCCUACGCCUUCUCCGCCUGUGAACGGGUUGCAGGGACCUUUGCCAUAUACCAAUGGGCACUAUUUCCAGCCCCUCUGGAAUAACAUUCUGCCCACACCCAACAGUGACAGCUCUGGGUCCCAGGACCUCGCCAUGCCUUUCCACGGGGGACAGCCAGCGGGAGCUCCGCUGGAUUGUGCAGGAGGAACUCAUUACAGAGCUGGAGCUGGCCCAUCCAGCCAGAAUAAUGUGAUGCAGACCAUGGAUUACCUAAGUGGGGACUUCCAGCAGUCCUGCUUCCGAGACCAGAGCAUGGCCGUGCUGGGAAAAGUCCAUCGGCCUCCCAUGAACCGAGCACCUGAACCAACCGAUAGUCGAAAUCUUCAUAUUCAACACCCAGGGUAUAGAUAGGCUGCAGUCACUUUCACAGACAAAAAAAAAAAAAAUUAUAGGUUUUAGUCUUAAUUUUAAUUAAUAAGCAAGGCGUUUUUAACUUGCAAACUUGUGUGAUCAUUAUAGUACCCCUUGGAAGAAGACAUACUGUAUAUUUAAAGAGCUUUGCUUACAUGUUAUCUCUCUCCUUUAUGCAUCAAAUAUUCAACAUGCCUUUUGUGUCAAAGAAUUUCAUUACACUACUUCACUCCACAGCUGUUUCCUCACCGCAGAGUCCCCCUUUGUGCAGCCUUUUUUUUUUUUUUGGCCUUCUGCUGAGCAGCUCCUCGCUGGACUGAGGUUGAGUUGCUGCAGGGUUUAGCAGCCGCAUCUGUUCUCCAGCCCCGGCGAGAGCGAGGUAGCGUAGCUGCUUCCAUUUCCAUCUCAAUUUCCUCACAAGAUUAAGAGCAACAGAAUUUUGUCAGGGAGUAGGGCUUAUUUUCAACUCGAAAGCCCAUUUCAUUAAUGCAUUAAACAUUGACCAUUUGCACUGUCUAGAGGCCUGUGUAAUUGAAAAAGAGCCUACGUUUGGAAAGAGCCAGCUAGGGGUAUGUAUUUAGGCUUUAAUAGAGGGAAAAGCUUUUCAGCUGUUUCUUGCCCACGUUUAUCAUUUAGACUUUGUCCAAAGUCAAAAGUCUCUGGCAGAUUUUUCUGAUACUUUCUGUUUUCUGGACAGGGUAUGGAGGAGGGGAACAGCGGGUUUGGGAUGAAGGCAGCCACAGGGAGCUGCCUUUCUUCGUGUUCCCUCUCCCCACUGCCCUUCCAUCAGCCUCAAAGCUCACGUUGUCUGAAUCCCUCGCUGCUAGGAGUCUGGCCAGCCUCAUGUGAAGGGAAUCCAGACCCACUCACGACUCCAAAAAGGGUUCAGCCACUUCUCUGGAAGCUGAAAUAACUGUCAGGGUGAGGAGAUGCAGUUCAGCCCAUCCCCAGUGCAGUGAGCGCAGUCCCACUGUGGGAUGGGAGCUGCUUGGUCUGAAUCAAAGCUCCUCUCACAAGCCACUGUGGGAUUGACAGUCCCCUGUUCCUCUCCAUCAAAACACCCCAGCGGAUUUAAUGGAACAAUUCUUCUCCCUGGGAAUUAGUGAAGCUAUUUAUAACAUCCCUUUUUCCCAGGGUCUCGGUGCCUAACUCCUUCUGUUCCUUCCCCACGUCACUUCCAGCAGCCAGUUGAGUCAGUGACUGUAGGACACUAACUACUGGGUAACCUCAGCAUCUUGUUCUCCUCAGUGUACCAAAACAUCCCUUUCCUUUCUAACAGCCGAAUUUAUUGUAAGUAGAAAAUUCCUCAUCUCUGUUAACGAGACUAAUACUUGAACAUAAUGAUCACAAUCAAGUUUGGAAAUUAAAAAAAAAAAAAAAAAGAAGAAAAAUUUAAAAAAAUAAAUGCAUUGAUUCUUUCUAUGUACACUGGCUAAAAAAUAUUGCUCUACACUGUAACUUUUAAGUGUAAUAUUUCUGUAUGAAUGUCGCCUGGUAGUGUGGGUUUGAGUAGCAUUGUGUAUGGGUGAACCCACUGGCCUCUGCCAUCCACUGGCCUCCCUCACAGCCCUUGGAAAAACAAAGCCUUAAGUAUUUGCUCCUUGAACUUUCCUUAACGAGCAUGGUUUAAAAAAAUCUUAAAGACAUCAUACAAAAUUUAAAAAAAACAAAAAAAAUGAAAAAAAAAAAGUUUUGAAGUGACGUCAUAGUUGGCUAGAGAUUCUUAAAAGUUUUUCGUAAAUGGGAAAAUUAGAAAACAUUUAUUUGUAUUUUUUUAAUUUAGAAUGUGUAGUCCUGGGCUGUAACAAAUAUUUAGGUUUCAAAGCUUAGCAGAGUACGUUUCUGACUCCUUGCGUAAGUUAGUACACUUAUAUCAUGUCAUUAUUUAAAUUCUUUUAAGUGUACUAUAACCCGUUCUUUAGUGGUAACUCCUGAGCAAAGUUAAGCAAUUUGACUAAAGACAGAUUAAAUUAUGUGUUGGCUUGUGUUGCCUUAUAUUUAAAAAAAGGAAAAAUUGCCUGAUUGUGUUAUGCCAAAUGAUAGCAACAUGAAGUCCUAAUUUAUUGUUUAUAAUCGUAUUCCUGCAGUCUUUGUGAAAACUGGUAAAUAUACAUCUAUGAAAGAAAGAAAAUCCUGAGGCUUUUCAUGCAAUAUUUUUCUGAAUCCAUUCUGUUGGAGCCAGAGUUCGAGUCUGAAGCUGCUUCCCCUACAGUCACCCCAUCGUCUUCCCCAUCCCAAACCCAACCCCAGCGAGGGCUGUGCUCUGACCUCACCCCUCCCUGCCCAGUCAGUCACUGUAAGGUGUUCUGCUACCUGAGUCUGUUCCUUUUUACUAAAUAAAACCUUGGCCUCUCCUCUGUUCCUUAGCCUGCUCCAAAUCUUAACCCAGACUGUUACUAAAAGCUAAUUUUUAACUCCUGCUCUUCUCCUGAGAGCCUGAGCAGAGUCCUGUGCUGUGGUGGUGGUUGCCUGGGAGGUGUUUGGUGGUGUUGGCAGCACGCUGUGAGUUUUUGGGGACUGUUCUGCACAGGUACAGCCACGACCUCCGAGGUUUUGCCCCGGUACAGCAGGACCGGGAAGCAAAAAUCCUGCUGAGACUCAUCCAGGUGGGACAUUGCUUGAAAAAAUAAGAAUCAUUUUACUAUUAAAAUAUACUGAAACCUUUC